CUGAACGGGAAAACCAAUUUCAAAUGGUAGUUUCGUUAUGUUUUUCUCCGGCGACGUCCUCCGCGAUUUCCUCCCGCCGACAUCGUAUUCUAUAUAUGAUGCUUGUAUUCAGUUGACAGAAAGCCCUAAAUCCUUUUCGCAAUGUGAAGUGUCAAAAUAAUAACUGUGAAUUUGCUCACAACAAAUUAUGUUUUUGUUUUCAGAUUGAAAGAAGCAGUGAUGAAACCCCCUUCGGCAUCGGGUUCACUGAAGAACCCAGUGAAGUUCAGACUGCCAACAGCCGAGAAUCUUGUACCUAUCCGUCUCGACAUCGAAAUUGAUGGUAAAAGAUUUAAAGAUGCUUUUACUUGGAACGCAAGUGAUCCUGACUCAGAAGUGGUGGUGUUUGCGAGGAGAACUGUGAAGGAUUUGAAAUUUCCUACUGCUUUUGUCACUCAGAUUGCUCAAUCCAUCCAGUCACAAUUGAUAGAAUUUCGGUCAUACGAAGGACAAGAUAUGCACACUGGCGAGAAAGUUGUUCCUAUCAAGCUUGAUCUCCAAGUAAAUCACACAGUUAUAAAGGACCAGUUUUUCUGGGACAUGAACAAUUUUGAGGGUGAUCCUGAAGAAUUUGCACGGACAUUUUGUGAAGAUAUGAAAAUUGAAGAGCCAGAAGUUGGACCUGCAAUUGCCAUAGCAAUUAGAGAACAACUUUAUGAGAUUGCAAAGCAAGGUGUUGCAUCCGUGAGAGAAAGCAGGACAAAUAAGAAAGGACGCAGAGGAAUGGAACAUCUCUCGGCCAGUAAAGUAGGUUCGCCUGCACUGGACCUGGGGAAGCUAUUCGACCCUGAUGGAAGUAUCCAACGGGGAAAGAGUGAAUGUGAUGCAUUUGAACCAAUUGUCAGUCACCUGUCAAAUGAAGAGGUGGAUGCCCUCGAGGCUAGAGAAGAGAGGCUUCCUCGGUGAUGCAGACAGUGUCUGUUGGAAUGGAUAUCAGCAGUUUAAAUGAGAAAUUGUUUUUAAGUUUUAGAAUGAUGAAAUGAAACUAGUUCCUAGUAAAAGUAUAACCAAAAUCCAGUGUUUUAGAUAAUGUUCAGUUUUUUGCAGUGAUCUGGAGAUCACAGUUACUUCUGUUUCUCAAAAGAAAAUAUGGAACAGUACUUCUGUGCUAAUUUAUUAGUACCUGUUUCUCUACUU